AUGUCGAAGGUUGGUGCUUGUUCCCGAAUACGCGUGGCUCUUCCAUGUUUACCUAGAUAUUGUCCCAAUUUAGACAGUUCGGAAAAAUCCGCGGCAUGGACUGCUCCCCAGAACUCCCUGAUGAUGCAGGGCUUUGAGUGGCAUGUGCCAGCUGACCAAAACCAUUGGAAACGACUUCAAGACGCGUUACCCAAUCUGAAGGAUGCUGGCGUGGAUAAUAUCUGGAUUCCGCCAGGCUGCAAAGGAAUGGAUCCCGCUGGUACUGGUUACGACCUCUAUGACCUCUAUGACCUAGGAGAAUUCGACCAAAAAGGAGCACGAUCGACGCGCUGGGGUUCGAAGGAAGACCUUAUGGCGCUCAUGCGAGCAGCACAGAGCGCGGGGAUCGGGAUAUACUGGGAUACUGUCCUGAACCACAAAGCCGGAGCCGAUUUCCCCGAGACGUGUCAGGCAAUCAAGGUCGACCCGAAAGACAGAAAUAAAGAGAUUUCUGAUCCCCAGACCAUCGCUUGUUGGGUAGGAUUUGACUUUCCAGGUCGUGCAGGGAAAUACAGCUCCAUGAAGUAUCGGCGGGAGCAUUUCAAUGGAGUCGACUGGGAUGAUCUGCAGAAAGAGCACGCCAUCUUUAAAAUAUCAGACACGCGCAAGGAGUGGGCCAAAGACGUCAGCGAUGAGAACGGUAACUAUGACUACCUCAUGUUCGCCAAUCUGGAUCACACACACCCGGACGUACGAGCCGAUAUCUUCAAAUGGUCGGAGUGGCUUGGGACUGAGCUACCAAUCAGCGGCAUGCGCAUUGAUGCCGCCAAACAUUACUCUGCAACAUUUCAAAGGGACUUUGUCAGUCACCUGCGGAGUACAGUGGGGUCGGACUAUUUCCUCGUUGGGGAGUACUGGAGAGGGGAAGUAGACCUUUUGUUGCAGUACCUGAAAAUGAUGAGACACCAAGUCUCCUUGUUUGAUGUACCUCUCCUCGGUCGAUUCGCUGUCGCGUCUCAGACGGAGAACAGUGAUCUGCGGAAGAUCUUUAAAGGAACCUUGGUGGAACAAAGCCCAAGGCAUGCAGUAACUUUCGUGGGAAACCAUGAUACACAACCCGGCCAAUCACUUGAGACCUUCAUAGCACCAUUCUUCAAACCAAUUGCAUACUCGCUGAUACUCCUCCGCAGCCAAGGUCAACCGUGUGUAUUCUAUGGCGACCUCUACGGACUCAAGGGCGGCUCAGAUCAACUUUGUACCCCUGCCUGCAAAGGCAAGCUGCCGCUGCUGAUGAGGGCUCGGAAACUAUACGCGUACGGGGAGCAGCGUGAUUAUUUUAAUAAGCGUAACUGCAUCGGAUUUGUCCGAUAUGGCAACGUGCAUCAUCCGUGGGGUCUUGCGUGCAUUAUCAGCAAUGCUGCUUCAUCAUACAAGCGGAUGUAUGUCGGAUCAAAUCAUGCGGGGGAGGAAUGGUCUGAUAUCCUAGAGUGGGCUGACGGGACGGUCAUCAUUGAUCGCCGAGGCUAUGGUGUGUUCCCUGUAGCUGCGAGGAGCGUCAGCGUCUGGGUCAAUACACGAGCCGAAGGGCGAAAGUACCUCAACCGGCCAUUUGAGAGCGACAUCUACCAAAAUUAG